UAGCUUGGAAACUUGGAAUCGUGUACUAGUUAUGGCGAGUAGCGGGACGCGAUCCGUUGAAGUCGCUGAGUCCUAGAGGAAGAAGGGCGGGCCACUGAGUCCAGUAACCUCCUUCAAAGUGAAUUUCCCAACUGGGGGGAAUGGCUAUUGAUAACGACGAGCCACCGACGCUCCUUCUGUUCUCCGCUUUCUAGAUUUCCCCCCUCCUCUACUGUGCAAACUUCGCAAUCGUCUCCCUGAUUUAUUCUGCAUUCUCCGUGACUAUUUCGUAAAAAAUCUUUCAUGAGCUUUUCCGAUCCCUAUCGGCUGAUUGAAGCCGUUCGUCAGUCAUCUGACGGGACGACGCAGCGAGCGAUCUGCCUCACCUUGUUACCUGCAUUCCGGUGCACUGUCACAAGAGUGUUUAGCGAUAUUGUGACGUAGCAAUAUUGUAACGUCGCGACAUUGUAACAGCUCCGCGUCUCUGACGAGGCGUGUGGAACCGUCCUCAUGCAGCAGGUUCAUGGAUGGGACGAGCCUUCCAUCGGCGAGCUGAGUAGCCUCUGCUUCAGUUCUCGACGGCCACGCGAGUCCAGGAAUCAGUGAGAUGAUGAUUUCGUAGUGAGACGUCUCAAAACGGAAUCAUUUUCACAUAAUUUUAGACGGUCACGGGCUUCCAGGAAUUAAAAUCUGCUGGUUUUCAUAGAUGCGAGCCGCGUCAACAACCAGCGCGGGCUCUUGGUCCUGGCGAAUAAGGAGGUCGGAAAGGACGGCUAGGGAGGAGGGGAGGAGAUUGUGAAGGAGAGAGUGACGGUGCAUCAGGGGACGGUGCAUCAGGGGACGGUACAACACGGGACGAUGGAAAAGAGGGCGGUGCAGCAGAGGACGUACAGCCUUCCAUGGCAGCACAGCUACAUGCGCAUCGCCAUAUCCGUCAAUCUGAGCCGCCAGCAGCAGCAGGGGAAAGGGGGGUCCGAACAGAAGGCAGGACAGCAGAGUGGGCAACAGAGCGGGCAGCAGAGGGGGAUGCAGAGGGAGGUGUUUGAGAGGCUGCUGGGGGACUCCCUGCUGACCCUCUUUGGCUCGCUGGGUGCUGCAGCUAUCCAGGCGUCUCUACUCGUGCUCUCCUGCGAUCUCACUGGGCCUGGGUCCGUGGCUGUUGUGCGCUGUGACAAGAGGCACGAGCAGCAGGUGUGGGCGGCAGCAGCAGCCAUCAGACAUCCCACAUUGAACCCCUCAGUGCAAGUGGUGGCCCUUGCUUCCUCCCUGCUCGCCCUUGCCAACCCCUCGCUCCACCUUCCCACGCCUUGACCAUGCCAUGACUGCUCCCAGAUACACCCGACUGCACCCAGCUGCACCCAGCUGCACCCACAUACAGCAUGCGAGAGCAGAGCACAUUCUUUGCCAACACUGGGCUUCUCCUCCCAGCAAGCACCUUGCAAAUCAGUGGGAAAAGGCCGCGAUGGACAAUGUUACAAUUGGUCUGAGGAUCAUGCACAUUAGCUUUUCAACAGCACGGUAUGCAGUUUAGCAACUACAGUGACGCCCCAUCUCUUCCUCAACCUCAAACCCGCAAGGCUCUAGGUGUAUCGGCACAACCUGUGCCUAAACAAUGGUCUUGGGUGAAUGUGAGUCCACGAAGUGUGAAAUGUUACCCCUCUAACGCAUGAUUUUCUAGGGGAAAGCCUCCAGCUGCUUGCACUCACUCAAGUUUAACUCCUGAGCCUUGUCAGCUGUUCAAAGCUGGGAGGGCGGAAGCGGAUGCAGCAGCAAUAAAGGUUCGAAGCCAUGACGGUUUUAAACUUGCGACAUGCAGGCAGGAGAGGCGGGUGAGAGAAUCAGGGAGAUGCUCGAGGGCGGAACUCUUAGCGCAGAAAGAAUUGACUAGAAUAACGUGGUACAUGGGGACAUAAGUUAUAACCUAAGGGGUUCUA